AGACAAGUUAUAAAGAGCAAUAUCCAGUUCCAUGGAUUGAGAUAAGCUUAGGUAGAUUAAUGCUCCAGGACACUGAAAUGUUUGUUGUAUAAAAGCACUGUUUAUAAAACAAUGUGUCAUUGGCGUAUAUGAAAAACUCUGAUCUGGCAGAUGGCUGUGAGCUCCAAGAGUUCUCCAUGUUAAAUGCACUGCUAGUCUACCGUUUGUGCUCCUGUGGCUUAAUGGGAUUUUAGCCUCCUUGUUGAAAUGAAUUAUAUAUAGAAAACUGGGAUUAUUUUAUAGGCUGGUUAAUCUCUUCUCUUUUUUUCCCCAAAACUGAGCCUGCCUCAUGGUUUUAGCAUUCGUGGAAAAGUGGAGCGACCGAGUGCUACAAUCAAUGAACGCUAGAGUGCAGGCGGCCUAUCAGCUCAGAGAGCAGGAGAUUGCCCUGUGGACCGUUUCAACCAACAUGAAGCGUGCUCAGUCGGCUUGACUCACUUCAGCCCUGCUGCCGUGCCCGCCUUUCCACAAGCAUCCCCAUCCUGCUGCACAAUGACAGACACGAGGCUUCACCAGAGCUGCUCCGCCACCGCCGCACACAGAAUCGGUGCCCUUUUGCACUGAAGACAGCUUCAUCCCUCCAGCUUUAGCUGCCACUCAGAGGGAGGCUCGGGCACCAGUCAGACUCUGCAUCCUGGAUCAUCCUGCUCCUUGCCAGAAAAAUAAAACUCUGGUGCAGACAGUGAGGCGGGUUGUGUUUUUUGCAGUGCUCUGGAUCUUUCCAAAGUCAAGGUAGAGAAAGUUGACUGAUCUCAGUGACUGGCAUCGCUGACAAAGACUUUUUGGGAGUGCAGAAGAGGCCCCCUUCACUUCCUGAACUCCUGAACCAGGCUCACAGCUUUGAAUUCAAGGCUCGGCACUGCAUCCUGAUUCCCACUACAGAUCCCAUCAUGCCUCACUCCUUCCAGCAGAAAAAAGCUCAGCAAAUGCUCCUUCUGUGCCAUGGUGUGAACGGCGUGAGAAAAGACGGGGAAUCCGUGCUCUGGAAUCACCACAAACAAAGUUUCCAAGAACUUGACAAAAUGGCUUGCGCAGCAGACAGCUGCAUACAGUUCACACGCCAUGCAAGUGAUGUCCUGCUCAACCUGAACCGACUGCGCAGCAGAGAUAUCCUCACAGAUGUCACCAUCCUGGUCAACAGGCAGCAGUUUCGUGCACACAAGACUGUUCUCAUGGCUUGCAGUGGGCUGUUUUACACCAUCUUUACUGACUCUCACAAGUGCAACCUUAAUGCGAUCAGUCUGGACCCAAAAGUGGACCCAGAGGGCUUUGCCAUCCUGCUGGAGUUCAUGUACACAUCCCGUCUCACACUAAAGGAGAGUCUGAUCAUGGCCAUCAUGAACACAGCCAUUUACCUGCAGAUGGACCACGUGGUGGACACCUGCCACAGAUUCAUCAAAUCCAGUGAUGCGGCUGUCAAGCUGCCCAGAGACGAGUUUCUGGUCAGUCCGUUGGUUUUACCUCAGGAUGUCCAUGCUUACCGGCCCCAUGAUGUUGUUGACAGUUUGCACAGCCGCGUAGCUCCGUUUAGGGAUGGGAGGCCCUACGGUUCCAACAUGUUCAACGGGGUCAGCACCCCCAGCAACUACCAUCUCUACGGGCAGUUUCCCAUGCCAGGGUUCCCUUUCCCUCUCUGCAAGCUCACUGACGCCAAAAACGCUUUUGCUGACCUCUCAAAGAGCGCUCUGCACCACAAGCAUUGUUCUCCACACGACAGCGCCAACCUCAUCAGGGCAGAGUACAGCAGGGCGAUCGGCACCAGCUCCUCCAGCAUGAUUCACUCCACCACCUACGCUUCCAGGGAGGUAGGGAGAGACGAAGAGAUGAGGAAGGAAAGCCACGAGGGGGUCAGCCAGUCUAUCACUCUCGCUACAAGGAAGCGUGCAUUUCCUGUGUUGACCCUCGAGCAUCAGAAAGACUUGGGCAAAGAUCACGCUCCCCAGGCAGAGGAAGACCUGAUCCAUCAGCACUACCCUCUUGGUAUCUCCUCCACAGGACGCAAGAGUCUGAUGAGCAGCCCGCAGAGCCCCCUCAAAUCAGACUGCCAGCCCAACUCCCCAACAGAGUCCAGCAGCAGCAAGAACGCUGGACUCUCCCAAACAGGCGGAGUGCAAAACCCGCAAGGUACGCAAGACCCCAAAGCUCGCAACUGGAAGAAGUACAAGUUCAUCGUGCUGAAUCAGAGCGCUAAAGAGGAGGAGGUGGGGCUGCGGGAUCCCGGGCUGCGUUCACCUCAGAGACACAGCAUGCAACCUUACCUCCACCCCAGUGACUCGGAGAACCUCGACCCGCAGAGCACGAGCAAGAGCAACGAUCACAGCGAGGACCUACCUGUGCCCCAGGCCAGCCGUCUCAACAACAUCAUCAGCAGUGCACUAGAUGGAUCUCUGAGGGGCAGUGACAGCCACCCUCCACACUACUUGAGCCGCUUGAACUGCUCAACCUGCGGCACCCCGUCCCCGCAACACUCCGAAAUCUGUCCCAACACGUCCAGGGCCCGCCUAACAGAGGACAUGGCAGAGAUGCACUCCGAGUACUCCGACUCCAGUUGUGAGAAUGGUACGUUCUUCUGUAACGAAUGCGACUCCAAAUUUGCCGAAGACGAAGCUCUGAAACAACACAUGCUCCAAGUUCACAGCGAUAAGCCAUACAAGUGCGACCGCUGCCAGGCUGCUUUCCGCUACAAGGGCAACCUCGCCAGCCACAAGACCGUCCACACAGGAGAGAAGCCGUAUCGCUGUAAUAUCUGUGGUGCUCAGUUUAACAGACCAGCUAACCUCAAGACUCACACUCGCAUCCACUCAGGAGAGAAGCCAUACAAGUGUGAGACGUGCGGAGCUCGUUUUGUACAGGUUGCUCAUCUGCGUGCCCAUGUGUUGAUUCACACGGGUGAGAAGCCGUAUCCGUGUGAGAUCUGUGGAACGCGCUUCCGCCACCUGCAGACGUUAAAGAGCCACCUGCGCAUACACACGGGAGAGAAGCCCUAUCAUUGUGAGAAAUGCAACCUGCACUUCCGCCACAAGAGCCAGCUCCGGUUGCAUCUCCGACAGAAGCACGGCGCCAUCACCAACACAAAGAUCCAAUACCGCAUGUCCACACCCGACAUGCCGACUGACUUGACGAAAGCAUGCUGAGUGAGAAGAAGGGAACUUUUUUUUUUUUUUUCAAAGGAGGCAAUCUUGACCUUGGCAUUUAAAGACCCCAACUUGUACAAUCAUCCAAAAUUGUAGUGCCACACUGUGUUCAUUAGACAAUUCAAUUGGCUGUUUACGCCAUUCUAAACGGGUUUCCACUACAUGUGAACGUAGAGCCACAUACGGCGUCUUAGUCACUUUAUUGUUUCUAUCUAGAUAUGAAUAUAAAUAUAUAUAUAUGUAUGUUGGAAGUGUUUCUAAGCUUUGAAAGUACGCAUAUAAAGCUUUAUUUUGUUGAGAGGGAAGGAAUGUAAACAAUCAGUUUUUUGAAAAUACAGUAUUUUAUAUCAGAGAACUUACUUUUCUGAAAGUAUUGAAAAUUUUGAUCGACGGGUGGUACAUAUAUUUUAAGAUAUUGAGAUUUGAGGCUGUAUAGAGUUGUCUAUACAUUUUUAUGUAGAUGUACGUACAUGUUGCACCUCGUCAAGUUGCCAUUUUCAUGUGAAGAGCGGGGGAAAAAAAGACAUUGUAAUCGGAUUAAGUGUAAAACAUAUCAGAUGACUGCUGCUGUCUGAUAAGGAUAUGCAUGAGUUACUCUCGGACCAGUUGUCAGCGCACAUGAAGUGGGCAACUGCAUAAAUAUUGUGACAUAUUGUGUAAUUAUAUCUGUGAGAUUGUCUCUGCUGGCAGAGCUAAUCCAAGUGUUGAAAUGCAUUUCAAGGUACUGCUUUGUUAUGACCAAGAAAAUAUUUUGCUUCAGACGUAUUUGUAUAGAUGUGUUUCUGUUGAUUUGUUUUCCAUAAGUGAAGGUUUACAGUUUUUGGUCAUUGUUCUAGAUCCUACAGUAAAGUUGUGUAAGUGUUCAGGUUUUUCGUUUGUACAUACACUGUGUAUUCAAUGUGCCUUUCUCUGAGCUGACUGAAUCCUUCUCCUGUCAGCCCGGCUGUAUUAAGGUACAACUCAAGGACACCACUCGUCCUACAUCCCUCUGUGUGUGUGUGUGUGUGUGUGUGUGUGUGUGUGUGUGUGUGUGUGUGUACGUGUGAGUGUGUGUAUAUAUUUUUAAAUGCUCGUCACCAAUCUUAAAACAUGCAAAUUCAUCAUUGUAAAUCUUCAGGACUUGUUUUUGGAUUGGGCUUUUUUAACUGCAUUAAAAUUAUUGUACAAUGUUAUAGAUGUAUGAAUGUAAAAUAAAGGUAUUGGAUUUCUAUG